AUGUCCCAGCCAAAGUACACCGUGUUUGUGAGGGUGCCUAUACCCAGGGGAGACUUUGUUGACCCUCCUCCGGUCCAUUGGGAUUUGUCCAAAGACGAGGCCUUGUGGAAGAUACUCUCUGGUGCGGCGCAAAAAGAGGUUGACUUCGGUGUGACGCUGACCAGAAGCUAUGCAGGGACUCAGGUUGCUGAACGAUUCGAUGUCCCUGUCGAUUUCCUCCUUAAACAAGUCGCCUACUUGACUGAAAGGCAUGCGUCGCAGGUUCGAGCUCAAGUCCGAAAGGCUACUGCCGCGGCCAAAGGCUCAGCUGCCCCGUCUCCCAUCCCUGGUGCAGAACCGACCGGGUCAUCCCAUCCACGAGCACCGUCUGCUCUGUCAGGACGUCGAGACUCGGUAAUGCCGCGCUAUGAUUGUACUCCAAGUGGAACGCCCGUCUCGCUACCUUCACGUCCAAAUAUGAGUCGGGAUACGUCUGCCCACACGACGAUUCUCAAGGAUGUCGCUACUUCAUCUUCCCCGCGUCAUGUUUCGUCAUUUCCUGGCAGAGCCAUUGAUCCGGCAGGCAGAAAAAGACUCUCCUCAUUACCCAUACAGUCACCAACACCAAAAUCACCCGAACCGCAGACCGACCAACGCCGUGAUGAAACAGCUUCUCCAGGGCCUGCUGAAUCCAGCUCCAACGAAUCGUCCGACGACGAAUCCAGUCCCGCACAGUCUCGAAUCAUUCGUCGUCCACCACGAUUUCAACCACAGGAAGCCGCUGAAACGUAUCGCGAUGAUGGAGACGAUGAAUCGGAGCCUGCGUUUCAACCACUCCAGGCAUUAGAUCAGCCAGGCCAGGACCUAGCCUCUACACUGAGAGGAGACGGACGAGUGUCUGGUCGACGAAAUCACAAGAAUUCCAUGCGGGAAUAUAUUCGCCAAUCUCAGACGUCUGAUGAUUCGUCUACAGGCUCACCUACAGCGGUACCAAGGUCUAAGUCGAAAGAAUCCAAAAUACCAGGGCCACUCUCUCCACGGCGCACCACCGAGCUGGCUGGACGUAGUCUUAGCGGCCAGGCAAAGGCAGGUUCUCAUGAGGGCAGUGAUGGAACUCCCAGCAUGGGGAGUAGCUUUAGCGAUUUGGAUGACGCAUCUGUGACUCAGUCUGCUCUCGAGGAGGCUCUAGCGAGCCACAUGGGUCGAGGCGCCAGUAGCCGGUACUUUGUCGACGACAGCGACGAAAUACGGUCCAUCGAGGAUCCAAAGCAGUAUUUUAAAUUCUUUCUCAACAAGAAUGCGAGAAUCAACCAGCGCCAGAGGUUCGCAUUUGACAAUGCUUUGGAGGACAUAAUUCAUCAGCGUCUCACUGCUGAAGGACUGGAAAAGAUUGCCCUACCCCCGGGGAGAACCACCUCGCAAAGCCACAUACCCGUGUUUGCAACUCCCGACCUGGCUCUGAAAACUCGGAUCCUCCUAUUCUUCGGCGAACCCAACAAAGCCUUGGGCAUGCUGGCCGGCCGCGUGGCCAACGGGCCCGGUGGCAUCAACAAAGGCUCUUUGGUCUCCGUCGUCCAAGAGCUGAAAAAACAAGCCUCCUCCGACAAAAAUGUGUCGCCGCCUGGCAUCUUCAUCGCCAACACGGGUCAGUUGUACUGGUGGCCCGACGGUGGCCGUAACCUGACUGCAACCGACAGCACGGCGAUCCCCUUGCCGAGCCUUGUCCACACCGGAAGACGCUAUGUUCCCGGCAUCAACAGCGUGGCAGGCCAUGAGACGCCAGAGUCACACGUCGCGUCCGUUUUCAACACCCUCCGCGGGCUGAUGGGCGAGGGAGCAAAGGUCAGCCUGGUAGCCGUCGGGCAGAGCUGCGAACUGGUGACCGACUUCUUGGAGAGCAAGUCCAACUGGCACGCCUGGGAAGGCCGUCUCGACGCCAUGCUCCUCCUGGGCACCGUCUACCCAGCGGAUAGUCUGACGAACCGUGGGCUUCGGGACUUUCUGGCAAAGCGCACCCGCGCGUACAUUGUUUCCACGCAGCCGCUGGACACCCCGCUCGCGCCCCCUUCUGGCAACGAGGACGAACAAAUCCCUGCUUUUGGGUGUCCGUGCUACUCUUCCUCUGAGCCGUUCUACAUCGAGAUGGUCCUCAUACGUGCUCUCAAACCAGCCCUUGGGUACCUGGAAUCUGUGGCCCUGACCCCGGGAUAUGAGAACGACGACAUUGUAGUGGCGGGGAAGCCCAAGCAGGAGAGUGCUGACGACAACUGGGAGAAGCUAGCUGACUGGGAAAGGCCAACUGUCGGGUUCGGGAAUGCAGAAUUCAUCAGGUAA